AUGGCCAUGCCUAAGGAGCAACCUGUCCCAAUCACCACCCACAAGCAGCUGGUCGCGGAGAUCAAGGCGCGGGCGGCAGUGGAUGAGCAGGAGGCAGCCGCCCAGGCCCAGUAUUUAGCUGAUAUGCAUAUUCCGGACCUGCUCGCGGUGGUGGCUACUCCCAAUCCCAAGCUGGAGGACCCCGUGAGCGGUGCCACGCGCGUAGUAUGGGAUGCCAUGGAGUCACUGGCCCAGCACAGCUAG